UCCCCCUCUCUAUCGAGCUCCCGAAAAAAAAAAAUGGACUCUUCCGCAUCAAAGACCUUCGCCAUCCUCUUCCUCGCCAUCACGAUCCUCCUCACUCCCCACCUCCGCGCCGCCGCACCGUCGAAGCAAGCGGUCGACUAUCCCUUCUUCGAGAAACCCGGAAGCGCCGCCGCCCCCUCCGCCGCCUGCGCGACCUCCUCCACGGCGGCCGCGUCGCAUCCGAACUGGACGACGUGCUUGCUCGGCCACCCGGCCGAGCCUGCAACGACGGCGCGGGCGAGCCGGAAGUGCGGCGUGGAGUGGGGCGAGGCGUGCUCGGAGUCGGUGAUGAGGGCGGCGAGGGAGCAGGGGACGGCGGGGUGGCUGAGGAGCGUGCGGAGGAGGAUACACGAGUGGCCGGAGCUGGCGUUCGAGGAGCACGAGACGAGCAGGCUGGUGAGGGAAGAGCUGGAGAGGAUGGGGAUCGAGUACAGGCAUCCCUUGGCCAAGACCGGCGUUAGGGCUUGGGUCGGCACCGGCGGCCCGCCCUUCGUCGCCAUCCGCGCUGACAUGGACGCUCUCCCCAUUCAGGAAGCUGUGGAAUGGGAGCAUAAAAGCAAAGUUGCUGGUAUAAUGCACGCAUGUGGGCAUGACGCUCAUGUUGCAAUGCUUCUGGGUGCUGCCAAAAUCCUCAAGAGUCGCGAACAUUUUUUGAAGGGAACAGUAGUGUUGCUAUUUCAGCCAGCAGAGGAAGCUGGGAAUGGAGCAAAAAGGAUGAUAAGAGAUGGUGCCUUAGAGAAUGUGGAAGCCAUCUUUGCCCUCCAUGUGUCCCACGAGCACCCCACUGGCGUUAUCGGGUCGAGGCCCGGCCCUUUACUCGCUGGCUGCGGCUUCUUCAAGGCUACCAUCACCCGAAAGGCGGCCGGCGCCGGGAACCCUCACCGUUCGGUCGACCCGGUCUUGGCUGCCUCGGCCGUGGUGAUUAGCUUGCAAGGAAUCGUAUCUCGCGAAGCAAACCCUUUGGACUCACAGGUAGUGUCGGUGACCUCUUUCAACGGAGGCGGUGACCUCAACAGGGUACCGGAGAGCGUUGUUCUGGGCGGUACUUUCAGAGCUUUCUCCAAUACGAGCUUCCACCAAGUCAUGCGACGAAUAGAAGAGGUGAUUGUGGAACAAUCUGGUGUGUUCAGAUGCGACGCGAGCGUGGACUUCUUCGAGAAGGAGGACAUGAUAUACCUGCCAACGGUGAACGACGACCGCAUGUACGAGCACGUGAGGAAGGUGGGCACUGAUCUCGUGGGCCGGGGCAACUUCCGGGUGGUCCAGCCCAUGAUGGGGGCCGAGGACUUCUCCUUCUACUCGCAGGUGGUCCCGGCCGCCUUCUUCUACAUCGGCAUACGGAACGAGGAGCUCGGCUCGACCCACAUCGGCCACUCACCCUACUUCAUGAUCGAUGAGGAGGUCCUCCCGGUGGGCGCUGCCGCCCAUGCGGCCAUCGCCGAGAGGUACUUGAUCGAGCAUGGUUGAACAAAAAAGGGGUGAUAAAAAGAUCGAUCGAUCGAUUCUAUGGAUAUUAAUUUUCCGCUGUGAAAAUGUUAAUUAAAUAAUGUUAGCGGUAUAAAAAUCAAUUUAUAACACUAAUUUAUGAAGUGACACAAUGAAUUUUCGAA